AGGAAAAGCUCCGCCGAGUCUUCGGAAAAGUCCUAAGGAAGAAAUCCAGCGCGACUAACUGUGGUCUUGACUGCGCCGUUGCCACUAUCAACCGGAUCUUGACGUAGCAAAGUCGCGAAAGUUUCCUUGCGCUCUCCGUUAAUGAUAGCGGAGCAAGUCAGGAUUUUAAGAAGAAGCAGCAGCCGUGCAAUUGACUAACUGGCCUCGGUGCUUUUGCAAUUGACCAGGAAAGUGUUGAAGGCGAGCGCUGAUGCGCCUUUUUCAGUUUCGAUGAAACUCUGAGCGCUCCAGCGCUUCCUCCGGCUUUCGACUUUCCGUCCUCUCCAUCUCAAAACUUUUGUUUUGCUCUCCUCUCCCUCCCCGCUUUCCACCGCUCUACCUGCCGCCGCUCCGAACCGCGAAUCUGUCCCGCGAGUCUUUUUCUUCAAUGGGCGCCUUGGAUUCACUCACCGGAGGACCUGCCAAUCCGACCGCCGCUGCCCUCACCAUGCUGAACGGGGCAGAGAGCCAAAACUUUGCCAAGGAGCCACCGGACCUCCAGGGAACCACGACCAAAGACACGGGGGGUGGGGGCGAGCUGAAAAUGGGAGCCCCCCCGGACCGCUUCUACUACCCCGAUCCCCCCUUGCAGGAAGGCGGCUGCAAUUUAGGGCUGGCUUACGGAAGCCCAAUGGUGCAAAGCGCCUUUGCGGGGACCGACCCGGCGUCUUCGAGCAGGUUUUUGGGGCCGGCAGCGAACAACUGCUCUUCCUACCGACCUCAGCCUCCCCCGCCUAUCCCAGCGUCAACUGGAGCCGCUGGGAAUCCUGGCUUCUCGGUCUCAGCUAGCGAGCUCUAUCCCAGCGCCGGGGAUCUGUAUGCUAGCGCGGCCGCCGGAGAAGGCUGCUACUCAACAGCGGUCCAGCACGUGUUCUCGCGGGCUCCUCUCUAUCCCGUGCCGGGCUAUCAGGUCUCCGGAAAGACCCAGGUAGUCCUCAACAACUACCCGCUCUGGGCCAAGUUCCACAAGCAUCAGACGGAAAUGAUCAUUACCAAGCAGGGCAGGAGGAUGUUUCCAUUUCUGAGUUUCAACAUCUCCGGGCUGGAUCCUGUGGCUCAUUAUAGCAUCUAUGUGGAUGUUGUGUUAGUGGAUCAGCACCACUGGCGAUACCAAGGAGGGAAAUGGGUUCAGUGCGGCAAGGCUGAGGGAAACAUGCCAGGGAAUCGGACAUACAUGCAUCCAGAUUCUCCCAACACUGGAGCUCAUUGGAUGCGACAGGAAAUUUCCUUUGGGAAACUGAAGCUCACCAACAAUAAAGGAGCAUCAAACAAUAUCACCCAGAUGAUUGUAUUGCAGUCCUUGCACAAGUAUCAGCCUCGUCUGCAUGUUACCGAGGCCAAGCAGGGCGAAGUGGAUGAGGUGCAUCCUUCAAUCUGCACUCAGACCUUUACUUUUCCAGAGACUCAAUUCAUUGCGGUUACUGCAUACCAAAAUGCUGAUAUCACUCAGCUGAAAAUAGAUCAUAACCCUUUUGCUAAAGGCUUCCGUGACAAUUUUGAUACGAUGUAUACCACAACCGAGGGAGAGCGCACAACCCCAUCUCCACCCAGUGUGGCCAGCUGCCAGCAGCUCCUGGCAGGCAGCCGGUUCCAGCCUUACUUGCAUGACCAGUUUCCACUGCCCCAGAGCCGCUUCUUCAAUCGGGAAUGUGUCCCACUCCCUCUGCCACCCAAGGAUCCUCCCCACUGUUUCCAGGUGGUAGUCUUCUGGUGUAAAACAUGCAUUCAUUGCGACAUUUGUGGAUCUAAGUGAUGCAAGCUUUCAUGGUGAGCCCAGAUCUUGGCUCUUGGAUUCCCUUAUAUUCAUGUAUAAGAGCUUUUGCUUGUGUGUGGCAAAUGACAAGGACAGACAUACUCCAGUAGAAAUGCAUCAACGCAACACAUCUGCAGGUUCUCUUCACAUACUGUAGCUAUUUUCAAUUCUGCUUCCAAGCUCUGCCAUUCCUGCAUAUUGUUGAGCAAUGAGAAACAAUUUUAUCUUCUUAAAUGCAUUGAAAUGUUUAGCAAACAUUAACAUGUGAAAUUCAACAUGGAGAGAUCUGAUAAACUCACACAUGUGCACAAAUACUUCUUAAUUCUGAAGUGCAUGCCAUAAUGCUACAUAUCAGCUUGCUAGUUUCAGUUGUUCUGAUCUACUAGAGAUUGGUGCAGCAAAGUAGGUCUCAAUGUAAGUAUUACCUGCUGAAUUGGAAACCAUGAGCAUAACUAAGCUAUGCAUCUGUCUGAGGAUGCAAUCUCUCUGCAGUGCUUUGCUUUAAAAGAGACAUGCAUUUUGUGCCUUUGAAUGAGUACAAACAGACCUCUUUUGUUCUUGCACAGCUAGUAACAUAUCAAUGUCUUUAUCAUAACAAAAUUUAGGACAAUGUAAUUACACUCCAGUCUCUACCUAUCUAUCCUCCUUAAAAUCCCCACAAUCCAUUCACAUAUCAUUGGGAUUAUCGUGGAUAGAAAAACUGAUUUAAAAUUAUGGCAAGCAAUUUGGAAUUUGGAAAAAUGUUUUUGGUACAAAACAAAAAUGUACUAUUCCUGCAUUUUAUUUCAAUUCUGCAUGCUUGCUUUUAAAAUCAAGGUUCUUUUGGUCCAACCCAUCCAGGGAUUGGUAACCUCAAGUGUCUUUUUGACAGAGCUCACCAUAUACAUCUGAUCACAUACAGAUGUGCUGUGUUCUCAUUGUUUUGCGUUCACUUGGAUGGGUGCUUGAAUUAAAGAAUUCAACCACUUAUUGAGUAUAAGAAAGGAGGAAAUGUAUCCCCCCCAAAAUAGAGGACAAAUUCAUAUAGACAUAAAUUUGGCAACCGAUACAAAUAGAAUGCAAUAUAUCAUAAAAUACUGGAGAAAAUUUCAACCAGUACAUCAAUAUGCUAUAUACAAAGAUUUUGUUGUUGUUUGGCAAUUUUAAUGCCCUUGUUAUCCCUUUGACAAUUUAAAAAAAAAAAAUUAAACUAGAUUUUAGUUGUAUUUCCUUUCAAACAGAAGAGGAUAAGAUUGCAGUUACAGCCUACAUAUGCAAAACCAUAGGUUACAAUAAUAAUUUCCUCAUUGUUGUCAUAGAACACUAUCUCUCUAAUUAUGAACUAGAAAUAACAAAACUUGUUUUAUGGCAAAAUCAACUAACCAACCAACCAACCAACCAACCAACCCUGAAUCAAGAGUAGCUGAACCUGAGAGAUGGGUCUUUGUGCACAAGCUUAUUCCACUUAAUAAUCCAGUGCAUUGACUCCUUAGUCAUGUAAAGAAAUCAGAAAGUUAGCCAGUUCUGGGAUUCAUAACUCAGCUGUAGGACAAAACUUAUACAGGUAUGCAAAUAUGUAUUUUCUGAUAUGCAUACUAUGGACAAUACUGAAGUUCUUUGGGACUCUGGGACUGUUUAAAAUGUAAAGUCAAAGAAGAAGAUUUUGUAUUAUGACUCCAUUCUAAAUAUCCUAGCACAAGGUCCCCAACGCCUGGACCGCAGCCCAUUCGGAAUCAGGCUGCUCAAGAGGCAGAUGAGGAUGCAUGCAUGCGGCUCCACUCACACAAGCAGCAGGUGCUGGUACUCAUGUGCGAAGCUCCAUUUGUGCGAGCAGCAGGUGCAUGCACUCCCCUCUCCUAAUGCCUGCCCUGGGCCACCAAGCCAGAAAGUUUGGGGACCACUGUUCUAGGAAGCAAAGUAUUGCUGGUAAAAAGUCAUGCACCAUGAAUUCCUUUCUAAUGGACAGAUGUGACACACCUGAAUUCUAAAGAAUUGAACAAGUUGUUCGUAGGACUCCUAUUUUGAAAUUCUUGCUGCCAUUUUUGCUUGCUAUUUAAUGUCCCAAUCCACAGAUUUCAACCACAGAGAAGCACGAAGGCCAGAUGUAAUCAGCAUUCAGGAAUAGGUUUACCAAGGAACCUCCCUACUUCUCUCCUCUGAAAAUUGGUGGUGCAGGCAAAGGGAGAAAGAAAUUACCUCUUGUUGUAUGCAAAAUCAGGAUUAACUAUAUCAAACUUUUUUGGGUGGAUUCUGUAGCAUUUGCCAUAAUUUUCAGGGAUAUGCAACACGCAUAUCCUUCAAUUUAGAAUAUUUUCCAAAGCCAAAGGCAAAACAUGUUGUCAACCCUCAGACCAUUGUCCUACAGAUGGUGUCCCCCUCCACUGAAUCCUUUUAAAUAUUGAAAAAUAUCCCAGUGGGUUGGCCCACAUAAAAUAAUUAGCUUUAUGGACAAUGGGCAGAGGCAGAGAUAGGUUGUAUUUUUAUAUUUCAACCUGUUCCUUUAGAAAGAUUUCCCCUCCCCAGCAAAUCUUGUUAGUAAUUUAUAAGCCCUGAUCCUGGAAACACUUGAUGGUCGUUUGGUAAUUUAAUUAUACUAGACAAUCAAAAGUGACACUCCCCUUUUAAAGUCUGUUGUUGGCCCACUAACUUCUACUGAAUCACCUUGGGAUGGUGGCGGCGGUCAGAUUCAGCUGUUUACACUCUUAAAGAUAAAAAAAAAGAUGUAGAUGUAAAAGAGAAAAUGAUCUUUGUGGUGUUUUGAAGUUCUCUUUUCUAAUUUUAUUUUUCAGGACAACAAAAAUCUUUAUGGUUGCAAAUAUUUAUUGAAAGUAGUGUACAGGCUCUGUGAGAUUUGUUUUUGGGCUUAAGAAUUUCUUUAAAUAAACUGUCGCACAUUGGAGUGUG